GUGAACUCGCAUUCCAGGGCUGCGAGUCAUGUCACGCGUGUAUGACCCGGUCAGCUGCAGAACAGAACAACUGACUGGUUGCCUUAUAUGAUGCCUCCUAUAUAUCCAUAUAUAAGUAUCUACGUGUACUCCGUAGUGUAGUGUAUACAUUACUAUACGCCCCCAGAACAUCCACAACACCCGAUAAUACAACAUCAACAUGACUCCCGGCCUCUCCAAAGGAACCUUCCACGCCGCCCUACCCAACGACCUCCGUAGUCCCUGCCCCAUCCUCAACAGCCUCGCCAACCACGGCAUCAUCCCCCGCGACGGGCGCAGCAUCACCGCCGACGAGCUCAAAUCCGCCAUCCAAUUCAUCGGCCUCGGCCGCGACACAACCGCCAUCCUCGUCAACAGCGCCUUCAAAGUCCACUCGGACGACCCGCACCACGGACCCCCAGGCAGCUCCCGCACCGGGUUCCGCGACCCACACCAGACCAACGAAAAAGGCAUCCCCAUCCUCCACCUCGACCAGAUCGGCCGCCCGCACGCCGUCGAACACGACGUCUCCCUCACCCGGCAAGACCGCCACCUGGGCGACUGCAUCUCGCGCGACCCCGCCCUCUACGAGCACCUCCAGGCAGCCUGCGUCGGCCACGGCGGGCUAACACUCAGCGUCGCGCAGAUCGGCCGGUUCCGCCGACGGCGCUACGCCGAGCAGAAGCAGCUGAACGAGGCGCUGCAGUUCGGGAAGCGAGAACACAUCGUGGCUUGCGCCGAGGCGGCGGCGAUCCAGUGCGUGUUUGGCCAAGGGCUGCGGUACCAGGUGCCAAAGGCUUAUAUCGAGGCUGUAUUCGGGGAGGAGAGGUUGCCUUAUGCGGAGGGGUGGCGGCCGCGUCGACUAGGGGUGUAUGUGCCGGAGAUUGUGGGCAUGAUAUUGGCGGUGUCGUGGUUUGCGUGGCCGUUUUGAUUGGUUUACUGUUUGCUUAUGGAGUGACAUGGAUUGUGUUCCGUUGGCUUUUCAGCCUGAUCUUGUAUGGACUAUCACAUGCGGGUCGAGCUGAUGGGAGGAAUCAGCACCGUGGUUGGUUCUUGCGGUCUAUGCAGCUGGUUUGAUGGAGGUUGCUGAUCGUAGAGUCCAGACCAGUUGGCGGACCGUCUUUUUGGUUCUUUGGUGGGAUGUUAGCAACCUUUGUUCUCAAAGCAUCUCUCGACCAGUCGAGUCUGCGGUAGACCGCCGAUUUGCUAGAUGGUCGAUCUCCGUGUGAUUGGUACUUGGGAGGGAGAUCGGCAGGUUGCCGAGAUACGGCUGUCGUGCAUGCAGCUUGCAUUUUCUCAAGCACAGGAUAUAGGAAAUAGUUGAUAGGAUCUAGACCUUGAUUGAAGAGAUUGAAGUAUACAGACAGGAGUAUAGCUC